AAUUGUUAACAUAUUAACUUGUUAGAACUUAGAAAGAUAAAAAGUCGAAAGAGUUCUCUGUAAUAAACUUUAACAACAAUAUCUUCAGUCAUCAUAUGAAUGACCAAGUUGCUCAUAUUUAUUAAACUUAAUAUAUUCAUAAGUGCAAUAGUAUGGCCAGCAAUAGUGACAUUGUGAGUCAGUUUUAUACAGCAUUAAAUUUGCCGCUGAGGGACAAAGUAAUAGAACUUGGAAAAAUUAUUGACCAUUCUGGUCCUAGCAAAGAUUUACAAGUAAUAUUCCCACAACUUAUCAGCAAUAUAUUUGCUUCACCUCUAAACAAUGGUUGGGGCUUAAGAAGUAUCACAAAUGAACAUAACAAGUAUGAAUUUGAUGUUGUUACUGCUUUCUUAGACCCCCAGGGACCAUUGUUUCGACUGUGUUACAGGCUAUUGUCUGAUCCUCAACUUAGGUAUAACCUUCCUUCAAAUGUGUUACCACUUGACUUACAGCAAAUGUUGGAAAGAGGAGGAAGAUGUCCACAGUUUUAUUCUGACAUGUUGAUAAUUGACCCUAAUACUAUCAAUGUGGUUGCAUUAUCAUUGAAUCCAUUUGACUAUUACAUAUUUCAUUUUGCAUUACAUUUAACUAACAACACCUGGAACAAGAGUACUUGGGAUAUUUGGAACAGUGCAUACUUUGCAUUAGCUUGCGAUUAUUUGACACAUUUUUUGCCCUCAGAUCCAAAUGCUUGUGUAUUGCCCCUUAUAGCACACUAUACUGGCAAAGGGCCUUUAGUUGCCCCCCUUCAGUCAGUCAACAGGUCUUUAGGUUCUCCGUCACUUUUAAUAUUACCUGAUCUUUCUGGUAUAAGUAAUCAACAUUCAUCACCUCAAAGUCAAUCAAGAAAUGAAGUUUGGCGAUCUGAAACUGUUUUACAAAUCUUCAUUGAUGUUUGGAUGAGUGUUGAACAGCUUAAUACUAGGAAUUUUGAAAUGUAUCAGAAAAAUUAUUCAACUUCUGUGUCUAGUCCAGAGAGAGUGAGAUUAGUCCGAGUUGUUGUUAAACAUAUAUAUUCAUACUCUGUGAAGUACAACUCGGACCCAGCUGUGAGAUCAUCGGCUUUACGAAAAUAUGCCAAACAAAUAAUGUGCACAAGGGCAUACCAUUUUGUUAAACAUUUAGUUACCACUUGGCCACUGGAUGCUUCUUUUAGACUUGUAAUGGAACUGUGGUUAAGUCUAAUUCAGCCCUGGAGAUACACAAACACAGUUAUUUCACAGGAGAGACAUCGUCAUCUGCAGAACAACUUGGAUGAAGGCACAGGGUCCUUGGAUCCCAGCUAUAUUCAGUUUAUAGCGGAGAAUUAUCCAUCAUACACAUGUAUAUUACAGCUAAUACUACCAAGGUUUACAAGGUUCGAUUUGACAACAUAUAAAAAUGCUGUAAUGUUGUUUAGGCUUGGUAAGGUAUUUUCACAACCACACCUUGUUCCCAUAUUAAUGAAUUUGGAAAAGGCCAUCGCCGACAAUGUUUCUGGGAGAUACAGUCCCAACAAUAGUUCUUAUGGUCAAAGUUUUGAACAAAGCUUUUCAUACAAUGGCAUUUGUAUGCUUAAGUGGGUGUCCAUCGCAAAGCAAGCAAUAUCCGAGCUGAACAUGAUGACCACCUUUGAGUACGACCCGAUUUGGACUGAAAACAAGAGUCAGCUGUAUGUUGGCUUUGUACAGAAGAUUCUUUCGGCGAAACUUCAUUCUGAAAAGCUGCUUGAAGAGUACAGAAAAAAGGUGCAUCAAGGAAAUCAGGGGUUGUGGUGCAGCGUAAAGCAAUGGUUUAUGAUAGAUUAUCAUGAUGAAGAACGGGUGAUGUUAGAGGAAGCUGAGAAGGUUCCGGGAUAUUUAAAUAGUUGUGUCAAUUACUUCUCUACUAUACUCUUGGUGGAUGCUGGAACAUUGCCGCCUGUAGAAACCAAUAUAACUGAUAACUCUAUAGAGCAUUCCUCAUUUGCUAAUUCAAAUAAUUUCUCGUUUUCCAUUACUCAAAAGUUAAGGAGCAAACCCACAGGAUUGCGGUACAUGGGUGACCCGGAUCUCAUGCCAAUUACGUCUUACGAGAGCACCAUUAUUGUGAGGGCACUUCAUCAGCUGGCAUCUAAGUUGAAUGAAAUGUAUGGCGAUGAAUUUGAGCGGUUGUGGAGAAGCAAUGAUUUUUGGGGAUAUUUAUGUCGAGAAAUAUUGCAAAAGCCGAUGACAAUACAGACGUACAUCAAAGAUGCUACCAGUGUUCAGAAUAUUAUUACAAAGGAACUUCCUCCCAGGCUAUCCUUCAGGAGACUGGGAUCACAUGUUGUUAUUGUGUGGUUCAUUAUCGGUUAUAUUAUUUUUCAUAUUUUCUCAUACAGUAUGUUGUCUUAUUUGUUAAUUUUAAUCAUGAUGAUCUCUUUUAAAUUGUUUACAAAAGCGACAUUAAAAAAAUUGAAAAUCAUUAAAUCCUGAUUGCUUGUUAAUAUAAUAUACCUAUUAUAUUUUUUAAUAUAUUUUUACGCUGUG